AUGCCGCGUCAUGAUUGCGAUCGAGAAAAAACAAUGGUUGAAGCGAAAUCUAUGCAAAAUGAUGAAUUUCAUCAUCAUCAUCAUUCAAAUCGAAAAUCAAAUGCUGUUAUUGGUCAUUUAAAAUUAAAAGCUAUACGAAAACGAUUAUCAAAACAUGGCUCAUAUGAUGUAUCUGAUGACGUAUCAAACCGAAAUAUAAAUGGAAAUAUUGAUAAUAAUGAUAAUAAUAAUAAACGAUCAGAUCAAGAACACAAUAAAUCUCCACGUAAAAAAUCUUUAACAUCAAUUUCUUCUCAACCAAUUAUAUUAUCAACCAAAUUUUCAAAAGAAUCCUCAUUCGAUAGCAAUGAUAUAUUUAACGGAAACGAUGAACAAGAUACAAUUGUUCCUAAUGAAAUUCAUAAAGAUGAAGAUAUUGAAGAAAACAUUCAAUGGAAAACAAAUUCUAUAAAAUCUAAUACGAAUAAAAAGCCAACUAAAUUACAACAAAAGUUAACCAAAACAAAUAGUUCUUGUUCUGAAAUAGUUAACCACUCAAAUACAAAAAAACAACGACAAACAUUACUUCCUAAGAGUUUUCAAAUCCGUGAUGAAGAUUUUUAUGCUGUAUUCAAUGAUUUACCACCAGAUGAACAGUUAAUUAUCGCUUAUCCAUGUGCUUGGAAAAAAGAUGUGUUUAUGCAUGGUCGCAUUUUUCUUUCAACGAAUUAUUUAUUGUUUUAUGCACGUUUUUUCAAAUGGGAAGAAAGUUUACGUAUUCCGUAUAAACAUAUAGUCGGUGUAACUAGAGAAAAAUCUAAUAUACUUCUUCCAAACGCAAUUAAAUUACGAACAAUAAAUCAAGAUGAAUAUCUAUUUGCUAGUUAUAUACCAAGAGAAAAAAUUUUUAUUGCUAUAUUUCGUGUAUGGCAAAAUGCUUUACUCGGUCAACCAUUAGAUUAUCAACAAUUACGAGCAUUUGUUUUUGCUGAUCAACAUCUUCAUGAUGAAGCAAGUGGUGACAGUGAAGAAUGUAUUCAUUUAGAACAUAAUGAUGAAAAUGUUCCUAAGCCACGUGCUAAAACGAUAAGUUCAGUAGAAUCAUUAACACGAUCAAUACAGCAACCAACAGCACUUGUAGAACCAAGUCGACGUACUAUUUCAUUCAAUUUAAGUAAUGAAACUAUAUCUGAUAUACGUACGUGUACAUGUGAAAAUCAUCUGACGAAAACAUAUGCAGAUCGAUUAUUUAGUUUUAAUGUUGAUACACUUUAUGGAUUAUUAUUUGGUGAUAAUUCAUUUACACGUGCUUUUCAUAAAUCACAAAAUUUACUCGAUUAUACAUUCGGUGAAUGGAAUUUAAAUACGGAAACUGGUAAACGAGAACGUCAAGUAACAUAUAAAACACUUCAUCAAUCCAUUAUCGGUACCAAUACGCUUUCCUGUCGAGAAAAACAAAUAUUAGAAGUAGAAAAACCACAUUUAAUGUACAUUGUAAAUACAGAAGUAUACAAUGAAGGAAUGAAAUAUACAGAUGCAUUUUAUGUCGCAACACGAUUCUGUGCGGUAAAAAAUGAUAGCGAACACAGUUCAUUACGAAUUACUGCUGAAAUAAAAUACAUUAAAAGUGUCAAUGGUUUUGUUAGAACAUUUGUUGAAAAGAAUGUGAACUCAUCGCUAGACCAAGGAUUUAAUGAGCAAGUUCGAAGACUUGCAAGUCAUCAAAUAAAAGAAAUUGAUCAACAAUCUAAUCAGAAAUUAAUGUCACGAUCUCAAAGACAUUCAAAACAAUCAAUAGAUAAUAAUACAUCUGAAAAACAAACCGAAGAAAAUUCAUCAGUCAAUACAAUGAGUUUAUCUCGAUUUAAAUUAUUUGUUAAAGAAAAUAGUAUUACUGGUCAAGGUAGACUAUAUGAUAUUGGUCUUCUUGUUGGUAUUUGUCUUCUAUUUAUUCAUAUUUUUCUAUGGUUUAAACUAAAUUCUAUUGAAAAAUUUUUAUCACCACCUGAGAUGAUAUUUUUGAGUCAAUGUAGAAAAACUCCUGGAGCUUAUGUGAAAGGUGCAUUUCAAUUUGAAUCAACAGAUGAUAUCAAAGUUACAGGUUUUGGUGUUCUUUCUGGUGAAAAGUAUGUGUAUGAGGCGGAUACAAACAAUAAUUAUCAUCAUGCGAUUGAUGAACAAUGCUGGGCAACAUGCAUUAAAAUGCUUCGUUUCACUUCUGAACUGGGUAAACAACAACAUCUUCAUUUACAUGGCAUUACUGUGGCCGAACCACCCUAUCAUUCUUUUGUUGUUUACGGUGAUGAACAGUCGUUUCGUAUGUCCGUUUCAUUUUAUCAUCAAGUAGGUAGCUGGUAUUGGCAAACAGAUGGUCUUGAAAUUUAUCGUGGUAGUACAGUGGAGAACACAUUCUUUCAUUCCAACGACGAUGUUCUGAAGAUCUAUCAUUCCAAUGUGAGAGUGAAUAACAUUGUCGUAUGGAAAAAUGAAAAUGGACCAGUAAUUCAAUGGGGAUGGUCGCCCCGAACUAUCAACGAUAUCAUAGUCGAUGAAGUUGAUAUUAUUCAUAAUAGAAUUUGGUGGUCCGAUAUCAAAGUCAAUACAUGCAUUAUCAAUUCAGCUCCACAUUAUGCUGAUACAUAUUCGAUCAAUACAGCAGAUCCAAAUCAGUUGAUAUCCGGUUUAACUAUUUCCAAUGUUCGCUCAGAGGGCAUGAGUCCUUGUUCCAUGCGCAUUUAUGCACUUUCGAAUACUCAAUCUGUUAUAAUCAAGAAUCUCUGGAUUGAACAAUGGAAUGAAUUAGACAAGUACUCACAGGUUAGCCUUUUCAAAGCCUAUUCGGACAGAAAUGGUCACAAAGUCACAAUUGGCAAUCAAUCUUGGGAUAAGAAAGGUUUCGCAAUUGAGAACUAUACAGUAGGCACGAUACAGAUAAUGAAAGCAGCAAAUAAUUGGCAAGAUAUUCAUCUUGGUCGUUUGGGAUUUGACGCUGAGUUGUGGAAUAAUUGGGACGCUAUUUAA